CCUGAAAUUAUUUAGACUUCAUAAUGCAUCUUUGUCGAAGAACCCUUUAAUAUGAGUUCUGAUAAUUCAGUUGGCAGUCUCACAGCCUACGCUGUAUGAUAACAUGUUACAAUCACAACUGUUCACCACUCGCGAGCAACACGAAGCUCGGAAUGGUAGAGUCCCUAUAUAAUUGUGUGAUGCGCGUGUGACGUUAGAAGUUAUGGUAAUUUAUGCUCGGAACCGAUCCAUUUCCAAUACUACCAGUAUAUGUUACACUGACUUGGCCACGAGAAGUCACGCUUUCCGUGACGCAGGACACAGUUAAGUUCGAAGUUCAAUUUAUUCAAUCUUAAGUGUAAUCAUGCAUAUACUUCCUUGGUGGAGAAAAAAAACAAACAAGUAUAAGCCGGAAUUCCCUUGGCUGAGUCGCCGCAACCAGCGCCUCGCAAAAUCAGUCAAUUCACCUCUGACUCAGACGUAUUCAGACGACAGAGACAAAGAGCUGAUAGAGUCCAUGGCGCCUUGCAAUAUUGAAGAGAACGGGACCCGCAGCAGCUGCGACCGCCGACUGCCGACAUUGUCUGCAGCCAUAGCGACUGCAGCAACGCUAUCGGAAAAUGGUGAAACUGAUUCUUCUGUCGGCGACCAGUCGAGUGUGACACAGCUUACAGAUAACAACUCGGUGACCACCGAGAUUUCAUCACCGAAUGCUUUGGGAGAUAAGAUUGACAACGGAGAGUUACGUGACCUUGUGGACCGGCGACCGCGCAGCCGGUCGUACGGCGUACCAGACGGGCUGGUGAUGGACCCCCUGACGCCCUCUGCGCUGGCGGUCUCCAACGAGUUCAUGGAGCGUAUAGGAAGCGGCCUCACGCUGUUGAGGGACCACGGAAAGAAAGUUCAAAAGUAUGUUCUGAAAAACAGAAAGUUCGAUAUUUUGAAAAAGUCAUGGAAUUCAGUGAUGCAUGUGGUACUCAUCGAGGCAAAAGAUUUACCAGAAGUUCCAGCGAACGGGUCAAAUGGAUUGUAUUGCAAAUUCAAAAUAGGAAGCGAGUCUCAUAAAUCUAAGUUGGUGCCGGCGAGAACGAAGCCAACUUGGUGUGAAAGAUUCAAUAUAUACCUAUAUGACUCCAAAUACUUAGAAGCUUUAGUAUGGCACAAAGGAAAACAGAAAAACUUUAUGGGCAGGUGUUUGAUAGAUAUUUCGAAACUGGAACGAGAGAAAACUCACGACAUCUGGCAAGAGUUAGAGUGUGGCUUCGGCAGCAUCCACCUGCUGGUCACCAUCAGCGGCUCCGCCCGGCGAACUGACCACAUCCCUACUACCAAUGGUGUCCACCACAAUCCAUUACAACAUGAAGAUUUUCCUUGGUACCGAUUCGACAACUGGAGCCAAGUGGGGCAGCUGUCAGUCACUGUCCACAGCGCCAAAGGUCUAUCAGCCUUCGGGAUCAGCGGCAAGACAGAUGCCUACUGUGUCCUGGAGCUGGACAACUCCAGGGUGCAGACACACACCGUCCGGGGCACUUCGGACCCACGCUGGGGUAAAACUUAUUAUUUCACAGUAAACGACAUCACGUCAACAUUGGACAUCACGGUAUACGACGAGUCCCUGAUCGCCUCGAAGCGAGCGGAGACGCUCGGCGCGCUGUCAAUCCCACUUCUGAGGAUCACCAAUGACGAGGUGAAAUGGUUCGCGUUGAAAGACCGCUCCAAAAAGACCAGCGCCAAAGGGAACUGUCCAAGAAUUCUUUUACAAUUGUCUGUCGUCUGGAAUCCUAUAAAGGCUUCAAUGAGAGUGUUGAGCCCAAAAGAGAAGAAUUACAUGCAAAAGCCAGCUAAAUUCAACAUUCCCUUAAUAUAUAGCAACUUGAAGUUCAUCAAAGAUGUCUUCAACGCAGCUUUUGUUGGAAAUGAACAUUUCAAACGAGUUUUGGAAUGGGAAAACAGGCAGAGGUCAGCCGUGGCAUUGGCGCUGUGGUUAGUUUUCUGGUACUUCUUCAGACUCUGGAUGGCUCCACUUCUCUUGGUACUACCUUUCUUGUACCACUGGGCAGGACAACAAUAUUAUGCAAAAAAUAAUGUUAUCGUCCCUACUAGUAUAUACAAGACCGAUGUUGAUGUGUCUGAUGAAGAACUGGAAACACCAAAGGAUGAAAACUCAAUAAAAAUGAGAUUGUAUGGCCUUCAAGAUCUGACGUUCACUAUCAAGAAUGGCAUCGAUUAUAUAGUAUCUUUAUUGGAAAGGAUUAAUAACCUGACCAAUUUUACUGUCCCGUACUUAAGUUACUUGGCGAUAGGUGUGCUGCUGAUAGCAUCCUUUGCUUUGUCUUUCAUUCCUGUCAAUUACCUAUUCAUGGCAUUCGGAAUUUACAAGUUCGCUCGCAAGAUUGUCAACCCAAAUCGUGUUCCUAACAACGACAUCUUGGACUUUCUGUCCAGGGUUCCUGAUAACGAGAUCUUGCAGUGGCGGGAACUGAAGGUUCCUGAACCAAAUUUGAGCAGAGCAGGUUCAACGAAAAGGAGAGAAAUUAACGGAGAGUUGACGUUAAAUACACUUCAAAUAGAACUCUAAUAACGACUGAAUUUCCUUUCUUAUUUAGUUAUCUGUUUGAAACUGUAAUAUAAACUUGUGUGUUGUAAACUCUAUCUCGAUAGUUUCGAUAUAAUUUGUAGAGUAGACACAACAACUUAACAUAGAGUACCUACCUAAUUACAGCGAAUUAUGAUGGAAGAUAAUCAAUCACAUUUCAUUAUAAUAUAUGGAAUUGUAUGGGAUUUAAUGCACACAAAUGAUAAUUAAUCAUAAUAAAUAUACAUUUUAAUAUGACGUUUAUACUUGUCAGUGGUGCCAUAAAUUAUUAUUUAUUGUUUUUAGCAAAUUUUGUUCGAUUUGUCAUGAGUGUUUGUAUAAGUACUUAGUAAUUAAAAGCAAGUUUUAUGUAGGUAAGUAUAUAUUUGGUUUAAAGUAAAUUUUCUAGUUCCUAACAAAGGUUAAAUGUACGUCUGUGAUUUUAUGUGGUCUGAGUACAAUAUAUUUGUUAAGUAUGCCUAUCGUGGUUAGACAAUAUAUUUUGUAUUAAAUUAAAGCUUACACUGAAUAAACAAAGCAUAAGUAUACCGAUGUUAAGAAUAGUUCAUAUAUUUUCGAAAAUGAGAUUGAAACAAGUAAGAAACACGUGAUGAAUAGUCACUUUAUUAAUCUUUUUCUAGAAAAUAGUACUUUAUUUAUAUUUUUAAGUAACGUGAAUCUAGUGCAGACCCAACGCGUAAUACCUAUAUUAUUCCGUAAAUAGCAGUGCGAUGUACGGAAUAAUAACGUACGUGUACGCAACGCAGUCAGUCGCAAACCCAUACAGUAGACGCAGUCCUCUUUACGUAUUACGCAUUCGGUCUGUAUCCUUUAUACCAUGGAUCGUAAAACAACACGAUCUGCCAAGCUCGUGAAUUCGAGCAUCCGAUUCUCUUGCAAUGGAAGUUCAUUUGUCAACUGUUUUCUCAAAUUUUUGAAAAGAUCACAGGAAAACACAAUCGAAUGCAUCGAUUAAUCAUAAAAAAGACUAAAUAAACUUCGAUUGCAUGAGAUUUAGACCCCAGAUCUGUUGGCAUGUGUGAUAUUAGUUAUUUGUAUGAUGUUUAUUCUUCUUACAUCUCCGUAAAUUGUACGUGAGGUAGUAAUUGUAAAGUAAUAACUGAUAACAAUUGUCUCGUGCUGGAGUUACUAAUAUUUCAAACUUUGUAAUUUAUAUUUAUCUAUACAUUUAAUCACUACAUGAGGUCCUGGCAACAUAUGGUUGUGAAUUAGUAAUAAAAUAAUAAAACCGUAUUAACAUUUU